AGAGCGGCCUCAUGGACACCGACUAGCAGCGGUGGCACGCCCGCCUCGGCCCGCUGCGAGGGUGCCUUUGGGAUCCACCGGGUGCUUCGACGAAGCGGAUGGCCCGACUGCUCGCCACCGAGGCUCGUCGCUGGCGUGAGGAGCAGCUGGCGAGUGAGCGCAUCCUCAUCUGCGCGUGCACGAUUCUCUAUCGGGCGCCAGACGUCACUGGCAGCAAGGACAUUGCCAAGACAGUGGAGCGGCGGAUGGACCAAUGGGGGAAGGGCGACUUUGAGCAGCUCGUGCAGGAGGCUGAGCGGAACAACGCCCUCCUGGCCACCAGGCCUGUCGGCAAGGACGACGCCAACGAGGCCACGCUGCGCCAAUUCCGUCGCCUGGUCGACAAGGACAAGGUCAAGCAGGCCGUCCGUUUCCUGACCGAGCGGGGAGGGGGAGGCGCGCUGAACCCCAACGACCUGGCUAAGGCCGACCCUGCGGGCCGCACCGUUUGGGAGGUCCUCGAGUCGAAGCACCCCGCCCAGAGUGACCCUGACCCGUCCUGCUUCCUCGACCGGCCCCUCCCUCCCCUCACCCAAGUCGAGCUCACCGCCAACCACAUCGAGCGGGCGGUACGGGCAACGAAGGGAGGCGCUGGACCUGUUGGUGGCGAGUCAUCGGUGUGGAAGCAACUCCUUCUCAAGAGCGGCGCGGCAAGUGCGGAGCUGCGCAGUGAGUUAGCGGCCAUGGCCUCCCACAUCGCCAACGAGGACGUGCCCUGGGAGCGGCUGCAGGCCUGCGUGCAUGUCGGCUUAUCGGUCUGGACAAGCAACCGGGCGUGCGGCCAAUCGAGAUCGGGGAGGUCCUGAUGUGCAUCAUGGGCAAGGCGAUGGCCAAGGCAGUCGGGGUGGAUGCGGAGAUUAUGUGCGGUGCGGACCAGCUCUGUGCCGGGCUCAAGGGGGGCGUGGAGUGUGCCAUUCAUGCGGUAUCCGGCGAGUUCGACUCGGGUGGCGUUGAGUGCGCGAUCCUGGUGGAUGCGACGAACACCUUUAACGAGAUGAGUCGCUCUGCCGCCCUGUGGAACGUCCGCAUUUUGUGGCCGCGGUGCUCACGCUAACACCUAUCGCGGCCAUGCGGCCCUCUACAUGCGCGACCAAUCCGCGCCGCUGUGGAGCCGAGAAGGGACCACACAAGGCGACCCCUUGGCCUCCCUCUUCUACUCUGUGGCCACCCUUCCGC